GUGUUAAGAACGCUGUAGUAUGUAAUUAUGAUGGUCGUGAGUUCCCUACUGUCAUGGGAGGGUUCGAUCGGGUUCUUUUGGACGCCCCUUGUAGUGGUACUGGUGUUAUUUCUAAGGAUCCUUCUGUAAAAAUAAAUAAAACUUAUAAGGAUUUUAUACUGCUACCUCAUUUACAAAAAGAGCUUAUUUUGUCAGCGAUUGAUUCAGUUGAUGCAAAAUCAUCUACGGGUGGUUAUAUUGUUUAUUCCACAUGUUCUAUAACUGUUGACGAAAACGAAGAUGUAGUAAAUUAUGCGCUUAAAAAACGACCUAACGUAAAAUUAGUACAAACUGGUUUGGAUUUUGGACAAGAAGGAUUUACAAAGUAUCGUGGAAAAAUAUUUCACCCUUCAUUAAAAUUAACGAGGAGAUACUAUCCUCAUGUACAUAAUAUGGAUGGAUUCUUUGUGUCGAAGUUCAAAAAGUUCUCAAAUAAUUAUGAUCGUACGAAUAAAGAUGAUAUUAUCGGAAAUAACGAUAAUUUUGAAGAUAUUUCUAGUCAGAAUGAUGUACAUUUUAAUGAUGAAGAAGAUCAGAAAUACAUUCAAGCAUCGUUAAAUAAAUCAUUGAAACGAAAAGGUUUCAAAAUCCAGAAAGAUGAUAGUAAAUCACAAGAAAAUGAAAAGCG